AUGCAGCCAAAGACUAAAGAAUAUGUACUUCCAUGGACAACUGUGUCAACUCAGACCAGCACCAACACGGUCACCUCCAGUACACGUCAUCUCAGUCAGGCCAGCACCAAUAUGGCCGACACCUCCAGUACAUGUUAUCUCAGUCAGGCCAGUGCCGCCAUGGCCGACACCUCCAGUACACUUCAUCUCAGUCAGGCCAGCACCAACAUGGCCGACACCUCCAGUACACUUCACCUCAGUCAGGCCAGCACCAACAUGGCCGACACCUCCUGUACACUUCAUCUCAGUCAGGCCAGCACCAACAUGGCCGACACCUCCAUUGGCAAACACAAGAGGGGAGAGUGGACCCCCUUGUCCUGGACUCACUAA